AUGAGAUAUUAUCUAUUACAUCUGUUAUCUAAUGAUAUAGAACAGUUGGAAUUCUAUAGAGAGCUAAAAGAUGUUUCAUUUAUCAAUUUGAAUCAGUUACUUGUCUAUCUAGAGAGGAACAACAAUCGACAUGGACACAUCGAUCUCUUUAAAACCAUCGAGGAUUCAAUACAAUAUUUCAACCCAUUAAAGAAUCAACAAACAGCAACAGCAACAGCGAGUAACGAUAGCUAUCUAGAUAUACUUUGUUGGUGUUGUAAAUCUUUAGAAUCGAUACAACAAAGUAACUACUCCCUCCUUUUGUACAUACUAAUGAGAUCAAAUAAUUAUAUAAAAUCAAAUGAUCUAUGGGUUGGUGGAGUUAAAACAAUAUUAAAGUUAAGAGAUCAAUAUAAAGAUAAUUCAAAGUUGACGGAUACAAUCUUAAAGUUGAUCAAUAAUUUCUGUGUACCAGAGGUGUUCAAGGUGGACAAGAAGUUCUUAGAGCAACAAGGGGUAAAGAGAUCAGAGUUGGUGGAGUUGUGUUGGCGCUACACUGUGACAAGACCUGUCAUUUCUUAUGAUGUCAUUCUGGGUAUACAGAGAUUCCUACAGGAGUUGGCAAAUAGUGAUCGGUCGUCGCGACCUCGAUUGUCUGUCGACUUGUUAAACAGUGUCGAGAAGCUGCGUAACGAUUACUUUGAUCGUCACCAACAGGAAGAGGAAGAAGAUGAAGAAGACGACAGCGAUGACCUCUACGACUACGAGAUAGAACUCGGUAUCUACCUAUUAACCAGUCUAUUCUAUCUUUGUGCAUGGCGUUACUUUAAGUUCUUGGUGAGUGGAUCAUCUUCAAUAUCAAAGUCGACUACCACUACCACCACCACCAACAGUAACAGUAACAGUAAUAAUAGUAGUAGCAGUUCUACAGCUGUGGCUACCGGUGAUAAUACUCUUACGUUCGACAUCAAUAGCAGCAAUAACAACUCACUCUACAUGAUAACACAUCAAGUUUUGAUCUACUCUAAUGCCGAUGAGAACUUUAAAGACGUCAACAACACUUUCUACGACAAGAAUCUCUCAGAAGCCAUUAGAUACUUGACUCUUUGCAUGGAUUGCUACAGUGAUCUCAAUCAAGAACCAUGGAAUGAUAGAUUCAAAGAGCUAUCAAUGACAUGGAAUUCUCCUGUAUUCUAUUGGAUCAAUACAAGUUUAGCUGAUUGUCAUUACUUUUAUGAAUCAUAUUCAUCUGCUUUGACAUUCUAUAAACAAAUUAAACAACAGUUGUCGACGGAAACUAAAUUCAAAACAUUGAUUCCCGUUAGAGGAAACCAUUUGAUUAGUUUCGAUCCAACAGAAGAUCUAUGGGUGAAUCGAUUGUUUCUUCAUAUUGCAAUGACCAAUCACUCAGAGAUUGAGAAUUCGAUCGUCUAUCUUUUGGAGAUUCUCAUUUCCAUUCCACUCGCUGACCAGAUGCAUCCACCUACACGUCAUCCACUUCGAACAAUCAAGCCAUUCUUCACGGUGUACUCACUAGAGGAAAUCACUUUUUGGUGUAUUGACUCAUUGGCUGCAUGCUAUGAGCGUCUCGGUAUGGUAGGUGAGAUGACAGUACUCUUCCAAUGCUACUGGGACUACUACAAACCUCGAUUCCAAAAGAUCGUUCAUGAGAUUCAAAAGAGUGGAGUCAAGACACCACAAGGACAGACCACAAACACCAAGACACUGGUGUUUGACGAUGACGACGACGGAUUGCCACUCUCUAACAUCUCAAAGAAAGAUUUACAAAAAGGUUUCUUCUUUCCAAGAUUCUUUAAAUUUAUUGUUAAUAUCGAAAUGUUAGAAGAAUUCAGUUUAUUGUUAAACCAAGGAUAUCAUUUAGAUAUUCUACAAAGUGGAUCAAAGUCAACACAAAACAAAGAUAUUUUAAAGAUGAUAGAACAACACGUGACUACUUCCACCAAGAGAACAGAUAUGUCAUUAUCACUUUUAUUGAAUAAGUUCUUUAAUGAAGAAUUAGAACAAUUUUCAAACAAAUAA